AUGGUGUACCUUGCCUCCUUUGAGGAGGAUUGGAAGCAAUGGGAGCUGCCCUUCCCCAAGAACAAGCAGGAAUACCAGCAGUUCGUGCGUUUCGACAAAGCACUGAAGGGGGCCCAGUCUGACGAAAAGAAUGUCCUCACCAAGAAUGUGAACGCAGCUGCGCGCGUUGCCCUUGACAUGACAACCGAUUCAGGCAUUGAUCAUGUUGUUUGCCGGCUUCGCUUGGUCUCGAAGGAUGACAAUGCGCAUCAAGAGACCGCCGUCUUCACGAUCGACUCGAUCUUGAGACACGCGGCGCAGAACAAAGACGAGGAGAUUCGAAGUCUUUAUGAGAGCAGGUUUGAGAAGCAUCUGUGCAAUGUAUUCAAGCGUGCCCUCCACUCAGUGACGUCGCGGAAGCCGCUGGCUGAAAAGUUCUUCGAGAUCUUGGGAAAGUGGAAGGAGAGAGGAUGGUUUCAGGAAGCGCUUCCUGACGUCGUGAGUGCCAUCGAGAAGGCUGCCGACGUGCACAAGCCCAACAUCCUGUCGGAGGAGGGGAUGGAUGUGGACUCAAUGAGUGAGCCGGAGGUGCUUGAUAUCAAGGAGCCUGAGUCAUGGGUGAUGAACUCCGUGCCAGCCACUCCAGGCAUGCCGGCGGGCACCCCGACUGGCCAGCCCAUGACACCUGGGCCAUUGCAACGCCCGGCGGCAGCACCCAUGACACCAGGCUUGGCGAAGGUGCCGGAAACUCCGACGGCAAUGCCAGGCACGCCAGGCCUAUUGAAAAACGUGCCAAUGACCCCGGUAACAACCAAAGUCCUGAACUCCAUGCCUCAAACACCGGCAGCAGUUCCAGGUACCCCGGCAUGGGACACCUUCGGUUUCAAGGGGCAACCUGAGGUCAUGAGUUCCGUGCCAUCAACUCCUCUGGGACCAAAAGCACUUAAGGACUCAGUGCCAGGAACGCCACAAACCUGGAAUCCAGCAACACCAGUGUCAGCGGCAGUCCUCGGCUCGGUCCCAGCGACACCAUUCGGGGGCACACCUCUUGGCGUGCCGAUGACACCUGUUCCCGGGGAGUCCACUCCUGGCAUGCCGUCAGCAUGGGUACCCAGCACACCUGUUCAAAACAUGGUUCCAAGGAGGACCACCUCCACCAACGCCAGUAUCACAAGGUACUCCGGCCUCACCAGCAGCCUCGCAAGCAAGCAAUCAACCCCGCACACCUGGCGGGCCUCCACCACCAACACCUGCAUCUCCACUCACGAAUCAGCCAUCCACGCCAGACCCCCACCGCCCAGCCCGGCCAACCAACCCUCUACUGGAGCACCUGGCACUCCAGGCUUCGUGCCAAUACCUGGUGGUGACGUGAUGGUUCCGCAGACACCCGCCGUUGGGCUACCACCAGCACCAGGCACACCUGGAAUGGCACCGGGGACUCCUGGCUGGGUGCCUGUUCCUGGAGGCCACAUGGCUCCAGCAACUCCCGCGUUUCAGCCACCCCGUGUGCGGCAACCCGGAUCACCAGCUCUAUCAGCUGGUGUGUCGCCGCUACCCUGUGGAUUGGAUGAGCCGCUGGUUUCGCCUGACAUGAUUUCAUCGGAAAUGGCCUCGGCACCACAGAUAGAAGUAUCACCGCCUCUGGUUGAGCAUGGGUCGGCCCAAAUGGUUUCGCCUGAGAUGCUUGAGGAGCCUGACGAGCCCCCAACAGUAACAGAGCCGGUAGAACCGGUGAACACCUUCUCCGUCCCAACUGCAACUUCCUGGAUGGAGCCGACUGCAGAGCCUGCCACCGAGGCACAUGAUGUUUUGUUCGGUCUGAAGCUGAUUCUGGAUGCAGGUAGUGACAACGGUGUCGGAGCCGAGCGCAGAGGACGAUCCCUUCCAGUGAUGCUGCCACAGAAGAGCCACGCUGAUCCCUCCCUUCUUGCAAAGGCGGAUGAAGGCACGAGCUGCCUGGUCAAGACUUCUGCGGACAGAUGUGAAGGCUUUGUAAGCUCGACAAGAUCCCUGAGGGCAGCACAUGACAAGGCGUAUCAAGACGCGCUGUCAGUGCUUAGCUGCCCUCGCUUCAAGGAUUCCAAGCUUGCUCCAAGCUGCAGAGCUGUUGGCACAGCUGCUGCUGCCUGCCUGCUUGCUGGCCUAGUCCACCUGCCCUAG